UACUUCACAUAAUUUUAUGUACGUAUUUACAACUUCAGAGGCCUCGGAACAUGGACUGAUACUUUGUUGUAAGCGAAACACGACUCAGUUCAGGAGGAUGAAGAGGAUGGCGGUCCUGAUGAGGAGGGCGAUCACCGCUCCUCGCACAGCCGCGGAGGUAGCCCUCUCCUCCCGACCACAUCCGCUCUACUAUGCGGUCUACAACAACGUCCCCUCUCCACCUCCACUCACGUACUUGCAGGCCCGCUUUCUGGCAGCAAAACAGGGCAAAUCAUCAGGUGGUAAAGGCAAGAAGUACAGUCCCAAAUCCAAAGCAACUAAAAUGGACAAACAGGAGAAGCAUGAAGUGGAGAUCAAGCAGCGCAUGACUGUGUCUGAGCUGGCCCAGGCCAUGAAUAAAGACAUUGAUCAUGUGUACGAGGCGCUGCUGACCACGGACGCCGACAUCGACGAGCUGGAGCCCGACUCCUACCUGGAGGAGAAGUGGGUAAAGGAGGCGGUGAAACGCUCGGGCAUGAAGUACAAGUACAGGCAACUGGCCGAGGUCAAGGUCCGCGAGAACAAAGACGUCCACAGACAGCCCCCGGCGGACCCGGCGGUGCUGGUGAGUCGUCCGCCGGUGGUGACCAUCAUGGGCCACGUGGACCACGGCAAGACCACCCUGCUGGACAGCCUGCGCAAGACCCAGGUGGCCGCCUCCGAGGCCGGGGGCAUCACGCAGCACAUAGGGGCCUUCCUGGUCCAGCUGCCGUCGGGGGAGCGGAUCACGUUCCUGGACACCCCCGGUCACGCGGCCUUCACAGCCAUCAGGGCACGGGGCGCCAUGGUAACGGACAUCAUCAUCUUGGUGGUCGCCGCGGACGACGGGGUCAUGAACCAGACCAUCGAGUCCAUACAGCACGCCAAGAAAGCCAAAGUGCCCAUCAUCCUGGCGGUGAAUAAGUGUGAUAAGCCCCAGGCGGAGCCGGCCCGCGUCAAGCAGCAGCUACUGGCCUAUGACGUCGUCUGUGAAGAGUACGGAGGAGACGUGCAGGCCAUACACAUCUCCGCACUCAAAGGCGACAACCUGAUGGAGCUGGCCGAGGCCACCGUGACCCUGGCGGAGGUGCUGGAGCUGAGGGCCGACCCCUCUGGCCUGGUGGAGGCCACCGUCAUCGAGAGCCGCACCGACAAGGGCAAAGGGCCCGUCACCACGGUGGUGAUCCAGCGCGGCACCAUCCGCCGCGGCUCCACGCUGGUGGCGGGCAAGACCUGGGCCAAGGUGCGCUUCCUGUUCGACGAGAACGGGAUCGCCGUGGCGGAGGCGGGACCCAGCCAGGCGGUGCAGGUGGUGGGCUGGAAGGAGCUACCCUCCGCCGGGGAGGAGAUCCUGGAGGUGGAGAACGAGCAAAGGGCGCGUGAGGUGGUGGAGUGGCGCGUGUACGCGGGAGAGCAGGAGCGGCUGCUGGAGGAGCAGCAGGUGAUCGAGGCCAAGCAGCGGGAGCACCAGGAGAGCUACCGGCGGGAGAGGGAGAGCGUGGCACACCUCAGCUGGAAGCAGAGGAAAGCCGCCAUGUACCGCGCACACAAGCACCGCAUGGCCAACCGGCCCAGCGAGAGGACCGACAGCGAACAGCUCACCGUGCCACUCAUCGUUAAAGGUGACGUUGACGGGUCUGUGGAAGCCAUCUUGAGUAUCCUAGCAACCUACGAUGCUAAUGACCAGUGUCAGCUGGACAUUGUGCACUUUGGGGUCGGUGACAUCUCAGAGAAUGACAUCACCAUGGCAGAGACGUUCUCAGGUGUAAUCUACGGCUUUAACGUGGGGGCGACCAAGGCCGUGGAGCAAAUGGCCGCCAAGAAGGCCGUCCCCCUGAAGCUCCACCGGGUCAUCUACAAGCUCAUCGACGACCUCAAGGAGGAGCUCAGCAGCAAACUGCCCCCCACCAUCCAGGAGAACGUCGUCGGCGAGGCGUCGGUCCUGGCCGUGUUCUCGGUGACGGUGGGCAAGAAGAAGGUUCCGGUGGCCGGCUGCAGGGUCCAGAAGGGUCUCAUGGACAGGAAGCUGAAGUUCAGACUCAACAGAGGACGAGACGUACUGUGGGAAGGCUCCCUUACGGCCCUGAAGCACCACAAGGACGACGUGCAGUCGGUGAAGACGGGCAUGGAGUGCGGCCUCUCCCUGGACGGCGACAUCGAGUUCCAGCCGGGAGACGAGAUCGUCUGUUACGAGGAGACGGAGGUGGAGCAGAAGAUAUCGUGGGACCCCGGCUUUUAAAGAGAGACCGGUUUCAGGCCGCCCGGCCAGAACAGAGCCCCGCACCAGAGUUAUGUUUGGGAUCCUAAAAGAGAGUUUUUUUAGGCCGGUCAGGGGUACGUUUCUCAACAGCGUCGUUAGCUACUGCAACUAAGUUAGCAACUUAAUUGGCUGCAAUCAGUGACGGAACAAUUGCACAAAGGGCCCAUGGACUAAACACUGAUCGGAGGACCCUGGUCAACUAAUUUGGUUAGCAACGACACUAUUGAGAAACACAUCCCUGCAUUGACCGUGCUGCUGUCUCCGUGGUCAUCAUGGUCAACCUAGAUUGAAACACAAUGCAAACAGGUUGGUGAGCGCAGGAUUGGGUUCGGGAAUGAGCACUGGGACAGUUCUCUGUCGGCCUGAACAAGCCUUAAGACUCUUCAGAGCGACUUCGCACUAUUUUUAAAAAAGUAGAUACAGUAAAGGACAGAGAAAGUCAAAAACGCCUCAAAUAUCUUCUCUCACUCAUACCAAAACCAGCUGCUUACAAUCAGCAAGGCAGCUCAUCGACUGACUCAUCAUCAACUGUAAAAACUUCAAGGACUUUCAAAAUGACUUUCUAUCUGACGAAUCGCUUCAUCAAUUCAAAGAAUUGCCAUAUUGAAUACGUUGCUCGAGCGGGGAGAUCGCCACUUAUCCACUUACGCAUGAACUUCAAGAUCAUUUUGAAAGCAGACAGACACCCACAAGGCUGCCUGAAAGCCGAUGUGUAAAUAAUACAUUGUAAACAAAUGUAAAAAAAUAUAUAUAGUAAUUAAAAAUUGCUUUAUGAUAAAGCUA